AUGAACCAGGCGUUCCUACCUAAGUGGGGGUGGAAUAUCCUUACUGGAAGCCAAUCUCUGUGCUGUAGAGUUCUAUCGGCGAAGUAUUUAAAAGGGAGGGAUUUUCUAAAAUAUAAAUAUAAAAGCUCUGACUCUUGGUUCUGGAAGAGUGUAGUGAAAGCCAACUCAGUUUUGAAGAGAGGUGCUUGUAAACUGGUGGCUAAUGGAGAGAAUACUUCUAUCUGGGAGGACCCCUGGAUUCCUCAUUCUAAAGGUUUUUGUCCAAAACCAAUCAGGGGAGGUACUACAAAUCUCAACAGAGUAUCGGAUCUGUUACUUCCCAAUGGUCUCUGGAACGUUAACAUGCUGAAGGAAAGUUUUGAUCAUGAAACUGUAGUUGCCAUCUUAAAAGGGGGCCACCCCUCGGGCCGUGGAGCAGACAGAUGGAUAUGGACUCAAAACAGUAAUGGAAGGUUUUCUUGCAAGUCGGCUUAUCUUGUUCAAGCUUUGGAUAGAGCUCCCCAGUGCGACGUGGCCCCGAAUCUCUGGAACAAGCUCUGGACUAGCAAAAUUCUGGAAAGACAUAAGAUCUUGUGGUGGUGUAUUCUGUCUAAUGCGCUCCCUACUAGGGCUGUGAUCAAUCAAAGAUUCCACAUUGAAGAUACUUGUUGCCCUCUUUGUGGAAACAGGGAAGAAACCAUGGAACACCUUUUCCUCACUUGUGACGUGGCCAUGCAUCUCUGGCGUUCUUCUCCUUGGGGUUUUUAUCCCAUAUGUGAUACCGGUAUCCGGGUUUGGGAUUGGGUAAAGUUCAUCUGGGACCUAAACAGUAGAGGCGUGCUUGUGAAGGAUGCAUUCUUGUAUGCCUCCAUAAUCGUGGACACAAUUUGGAGGGUACGGAAUGACAAAGUUCACAAUAACCGCCUUGUUGAUGUGAAAAAAUGUAUUGAUGAUAUUUAUUUUGUCUAUGCUGAUUUAAAAGAUACUUUGCUUUCUAGUCCUACUUCUCAUCUAGAGGAAACUUGGUCCCCUCCCCCACGGGAUUGGAUCAAGCUGAAUUGUGAUGUAAAAGUGGGGUUUGACAAUAUGUGUGUUGCAGUUGUCGCCAGAAACCAUCUCGGAGCAGUGAUUGAAGUUCGUACGGCGCGGGUGGACUUCUCUGACGCUCUUUAUGGUGAAGCUGAGGCUUGCUGCCUAGCGAUCUCGAUGGCCUUAGAGUUGGGUUACAAGUUUAUCAUAAUUGAGAAUGACUCGAGGGUGGUGAUCAAUGCUCUCAAUGGUUUGGAACCUCGGUGGGCGAUUGAAAAUUACGUCUCAUUUUGUACUAAGUCUUCUCAAUCUUUUAUUAGCUAUUACGCUACUUGCUUGUACUUUCCCCUGGCGGUGGAUGUGGUGUCUCUUGCCUGGUCUCCUCCUCUAGAAGAUUGGAUCAAAAUCAACUGCAAUGUUAAGGUUGGUAGUGAGUCCAUGUGCGUAGUGGUUUUCGCUAGAGAUCACUCGAGGAAAGUUUUAUUGGUAGCUUCCAACAUACUCAAUUUCACGAAUCCUCUGAUUGGCGAGGCGGAGGCAUGUCGGUUAGCGUUGGAAGUUGAUGCUUCGAUGAAGCACGACUUUGUCCUGGUUGAGAGUGAUUCGGAGAAGGUUAUCAAACCGCUGAAAGGUUAA